AUUUUUCGGAAGCAAAUUGGGUUGAAGAUUGAGUAUGGCAACCUUUCUAAUUUUUUAGGCUUUAUUGAAUUGUUGGAUAAGUUGAAUUGCGAGCAGUCUGAAUUUACAGUAAAUGCAAUGCACUUACUUGUACUGCUUUCUUCUGCUAAGAAAGUCGCUGUAUUGACAUGCAAAAGUAAUCCAUUUAUUUGAUUGGUAUUAUAUUUUCACAUGAUCAAGGCACGCACAUCUGCAUAGAUAUUCAUGUACAUAUGGUGUACUUUGAGGGGAAUAGCAAAAUCUUUCGUGCUGUCUGUCAUAUCUUUUCAUUGUAUGUUAUUUAUUAAUUUGUGCUCCCUUCUUCACUGGCAUGUCCUUACUACACUUAAAUUUUUGCCUGGAGGCUUCCAAUCCUAGUUUCACUCAAUACGAGCCAAACUUCUAACCAAUUUGGUACUUCCGCAGCCCUCUCAUUGUUGCUUUCCCGGCUAAAAGCUGCUUUGAGGUGCUUUCAAUUGAUUAGAGCGUUUAGUUUUAGCUUACUUUAAGCUAAAGAAAAAUUGAUUCUCACGGUGUUUAUUACAGCUUUUAGCUUUUUUAAAGAUGUGAAAGAAUAAAGUGUUUUUGAAAUUUCACACAGAUACCCUGUAAUUUGCUUUAAAAAGAAAAACCAAUCCAUAACAGGGCAUGAAAAUGAGGUUUCACUGAGGAAAAUGAGGUAGAAGGUGUUAUGGUGGGAGUAAUACAAAGAUUUGUUAUUGCGUCUAUGUUUAUGUGGGCCGCUCCUGUUGCUAUUUUAUAUGGUUUCAACCAUAAUUUCUUUCCUGGUUCUACUCAAUUGUCUCCUUAUUCUGUUACAUUGUUGAGCGGCUUCCUAGCUGUCAUAUCUGUGAAUAUGGUUAUCGCAUUCUACAUUUAUAUGGCAAUGAAGGAACCAUCAUAUAAGCACGAGCCCGAUCCUAGAUUCCUUGCAGAGGCCAAGGCUAGUAUUCAGCACUCUGAAUCAACUGAACUUGAGGAUUCCUCAAGAACACGGACGAAACAAGAGUAGCUCUGUCUGGUUGCUGUCUCUCAGCCGCUGGAUUGUAUUAAAAAGAAAAUGUGCCAGCACAAUGACUUGUUAAUUGAGAAAAUGUGCCAGUACAUUGACUUACUAAUUGCAUGCUAAUGCGACAAAUUAAUUUUCCCUAGUCAUGGUUCUGUUAUAGUGCUGGAGAUAGUGUUGGCAAAUUUCGCCAGAUAACAACAGUAGAACUGGAAUACACUACUGUAAUUUUAGAGGGCUGGUAGUCCAGCUACAUUGAUUCAUCUUCUUCACGGUAUUGUCUUAGUUAUUGUCAUUCCAUCGGCUUAUUUGAUUUACUAUUUUUACUUUUUGCCAUUUUUGUUGUUCUAUGUCCAAGGGGGACCAUACCAUAGGUUUUGACUCUUCAAACACAGGAGUAUUGAGUUGUAGGUUGAACUUUGGAGCUUCUUUCUUGAUAUCAAGCUUCCAAAUUCACAUUUAUCAUAUAUUGAGCAUAGUGAAUCU